CUUCCCCACCACUAGCGCCAGUUCCUCUCCUUGUGGGGCCCUUGGAAGGCCAACGAACGCUAAGACAUCGAAGCCACCCGGGCGGCAGCUGGAAGAUCAUGGCCGAGUCCCAAGGAGACGCGAACCCGCUGCCCAAGGCCUGGGACGGGCCAGCCAAGUUGAAUGAGGCCAGCGCCCCUCAGAUCGAGCCCAGCGUCCAGCAGCGCCGCUCCUACAGAACUGACUUCUGUAGCCUUGGCAGGUACACGGGCAAAGCCGUCGCGGACAGUGCCAUCCUGUCCCGGGAGCCUAUGUUCCACAGCUCCCAGACGGUAACCAGGGCGAGCGGUACACGCCGGCGGGGGGCGCUGCGGGAACUGCUGGGGCUGCAGGGGGCGGCUCCCGCUGGGUGGCUGUCGGAGGAGCGCUCGGAGCCCGCCACUACUGGGUCCCGCCGCUCAAGCGGGCAAGGCAGCAGCCGAGUGUGCCUUGAGCCGCGGGAGCACGCGUGGAUUCUGGCGGCCGCCGAGGGGCGUUAUGAAGUGCUGCUGGACCUGCUGGAGGCUGAGCCCAGCUUGCUGAUGCGGAACGACCCAAUCACGGGCUACAAUGUGCUGCACUGGCUGGCAAAGCACGGGCGCCACGAGGAGCUCAUUCUGUUGCAUGAUUUUGCCAUGCACAGGGGACUGCCAUUUGAUGUGAGUGCCCCAGGUAGCGGUGGCCUCACGCCGCUCCACCUGGCGGCUCUGCAGGGCCAUGAUAUGGUCAUCAAGGUGCUGGUGGGGGCCCUGGGGGCGGACCCCACGCGUCGCGAUUACAGUGGCCACCGGCCUUGUCACUAUCUGCGUCCCAAUGCUUCUCAGAGCCUGCGGGAGCUGUCUGGUGCAGAAGACUGGGAGCUGGCACGCGACAAAGAGCGCGACAAGGCCAACAGCAGCAGCAGCAGCACUACGACCUCCACCACCACCACUACCGGGUGGUCGCUGAGACGCGCCCCAAGCUCAUCCCGCCUCAAGUCCAUGGGAACACACAGCAAAGGGGCGGCGGCUCAGCCAGCCAAGGAGAAGAAGGCAGGGGGCAAUCAGGGAGGACAAGGCACUGGCCUUCUGCGCCACCUGUUCCCCUUCAUCCAGAACCGUUGAAGGUGACAUGGACUGGAGAGCUCAAUCUUAGGUUGUUCCUGACCCCACCCAAAUAUAGAUGCUCCUCCCCAUGCAGUUUGGGCCUGCAAUGGUCAGAUGACAGCUGGGCCCCUAGUCCAGUCCCAGGUCUCCUGCAGCCAGCUAACUGUCAGAAGAAUCAAUACAGGAGAGUGAAGAACCAGGUUGGCCCUGGUACCCAGCCUCAAUACCACGGGACUUAGAUGUUGGGAGCAAGGAUUGUGAUCUUCCUUGGAAGAGAGAGGGAAAAUUAAGCUUCUAGUGGCCGUUUCAGACUGACAUGCUAAGUUUAUUAGGAAACCUUAGAAACAUAAUUUAAGACUGAUGCAGAGCGAAUGCCUAGUGUCUGCCUGCCUGGGUGUGCUGCUAAUAAAUCUCCAUGUGCUGGUAGAGGUGGACUCCGUCAGGUAACCUGCUCCCGAGAUUGGCCAGGCCUGACCAGUGCCUGGCCUGAUGUAGCGCAGAAGAGUUCUUAAGUACAUUAAA